CUCCCCCCGCCGCCGCCGCCCCGGCACCCGUGGCGUGGGGUGCGGCCGUGAUGGCGCGCCGAGAGACGGUGGCCAAGGAGUCGUCCGCGCAGGCGGUGAGCCGGAUCGUGUCCAGUUGCGCCAACUCGACCGGCCUGGCCCCUGUCCACCCGUCGUCGACGCCAACGCCGUCAUCUCGCUCGCCUCCACCGCGGGCCGGCUGGUCAAGAUGCCAGAGGUGCUCGAGGAGGUGCGCGACGCCACAACGCUCUGGAGGCUCGCGCUCCUGCCCACCCCCGUCGAGACCAUCGAGCAAGAGAGUAGGGCCAGCUCGAACCGUGUGCACCAGGAAGAAGGCUAGCUCGAACAUUGUUUGGUGAAGCAAGCAGCUGAGCUGGUUUUGUUCUUGUCGCCUUGGAUUGUGCAGCGAUUGGAGGAGGACUUGGUGCAGAGGAAUGGAGUACGAGUACGGAUGCUGCUUCCGUUGAUCUCAGAGCAAGAAAGGUCCGGCACUGGAGAUGAAAAAGCAAGGAGCCUUGUACUUCUUCUCACCGACAGCAGCACGAGCAGGGGACCUCCGGCGACAGCACACCAGCAGGUGACCUCCGGGCGGCUACACGAGAAAGGGACCAGUAGCAACUUGCAGAGUAGCAGGGGAAAGAGCUCGAGCUUGAGGUCCAGGACGAGCUUGAGGGAGCUCGAGGUCCAGGCGCGGCCGGAACUUGCGGUUGAGGCGCUCGAGACCCAGGCGCGCACAGGUCCUGGCCGGCGGCGGCACAGAUCCUGGGUGGCGGAGGGGAUAUCGGCCGCGCAGGCCUGGCGGCGGAGGCCCAGGUCCUGGGUGGCGGAGGAGCACGUCCCGCGUAGCGGCGGAGCAAGCAAUUGGGUGGUGCAGGUCCUGGGUGGCGGAGGACCACGUACUUGGCGGCGGCGGAGCAAGCAAUUGGGCGGCACAUGACCUAGGCGUCGGAGGAGCACGUCCUGGGCGGCGACGGAGCAAGAAAUUGGGCGGCGCAGGUCCUGGGCGGUGGAGGAGCAAGCCCUGGGCAGCGCCGGCGUAGGCCCCCGGCGGCGACUUGCCCUGGCGACGCGCGCGGGCGACGGACAGAGGAAGAAUGAAG